ACAACGGGGAGUUAUCCAUCCAAAACCGCAGAGGGAAACGUUGCUAGCGACCUUUCACCUUAUUUAUUUAUUCCUUUUGUGUGUAUUUCUUGAGCAUCACAAAACCCAUCCUCACAAGCAAAGUACAGAUGAAAGAAGGGCUAUUCCCAGUUUAUGAUACUCACCACACACUGAGUCACUCACAAUCACAUUAAUACACUAACACUACACAUUACUUAUGAGGGCUGAGGCAUAACAUAACAAUACGAUGUUGCCUCCUAUUGAUUUUAACAGUUUAAAAGAUAAGCUCUCGGUUCAGUUGCGUCCAUGGCAACGCUCCUUUGGCUUCUGGGUUCGAGCCAUCGAUAUAUAUAGCGGAUACAAGGUGUUUCAACUAAGAGUGAAUUUCGAGAAAGAUGUGCAGAAGAGGGAAGCAAUGUGGGAAAGGCAGCACGAGCUUGCUGCCGAUAAGAUUUAUGCCAUGUGCUUCGACCUUGGAGGUUUCUUCCUCAAGAUCGCCCAGAUUAUUGGGAAGCCUGAUUUGGCGCCAGCUGCAUGGGUGAGAAGGCUUAUUACGCUAUGUGAUAGGGCUCCUGCAACCCCAUUUCAUAUUGUGAAACAAGUGUUGGAGAAUGAGCUUGGGCUGGGGAUUGAUGAUGUAUUUGAGACGUUUGAUGUGGAACCCCUUGGCUCGGCUUCAAUUGCUCAGGUUCAUGUUCAUAGAGCAAGACUGAAAGGUGAUAAAAGUGAUGUUGUUGUCAAGGUUCAACAUCCUGGAGUCCAGGAUCUGAUGAUGACGGAUAUCCACAACUUGCAAGCUUUUGCAUUGUACAUGCAGAAGACAGAUAUCAAAUUUGAUCUAUAUUCAGUGACUAAGGAAAUGGAAAAACAGAUUGGGUAUGAAUUUGACUUCAUGAGGGAGGCGGAUGCAAUGGAAAGAAUUAGAAAAUUCUUGUAUGAAAAUAACAAAAGGACUCCUGUUAUGGUGCCACGAGUAAUGCGUGAUAUGGUUAGUAGAAGGGUCCUAGUUAUGGAAUAUAUUGAUGGGAUUCCAAUAAUGAAACUUGGUGAUGAAAUAGCAAAGAGAGGCAUAAAUCCUUGGGGUAAGAUUGCAACAGCGGCCAAGCAGAAAAUUCUUCAAAGCUUGACUCUAGCAUAUGGUCAAAUGAUUUUGAAGAGUGGAUUCUUCCAUGCUGAUCCUCAUCCAGGAAAUAUUCUGAUUUGUAAAGGAUCAGAGGUUGCCUUGCUAGACUAUGGGCAAGUAAAGGAUCUCCCAGAACAGUUGAGACUUGGUUAUGCUAAUCUAGUUCUUGCGAUUGCUGAUGGUGAUCCAUUAAGAGCUGCAGAGAGCUAUAGGGAGCUUGGUAUAGAAACCUUGAGCAAAUGUGAAAAUGAGCAGCAGGAAUUGUUUAGAUUAGCGUAUACAAUGUUUGAUACAAAAUUGCCUCCUGGGGUGGAAAUGCUGCAACCUUUCUCAGAGGAAUCUUCAAUAAAAAAGAUUGCUGUUCAGUCUUUUCCAGAAGAACUGUUUUCUGUACUUCGGACUGUGCAUCUGUUGAGGGGACUUAGCGUUGGACUUGGAAUCAAUUAUUCUUGUGCAGAACAGUGGAGACCCAUAGCAGAAGAAGCUCUGUCUCGAGCUGGCAGAUUUAAAGAUAAGGAUGUUAAACGCAGAGGUAGCAAAUGCUGUUUAGCAAAAUUAUUAUUUUGGAGAAACUGAUUAGGAUCAAUCUAGUUUGUCGAUUAACUUAUCAAUUCUUUGUGCACGUGGAAAGAAAGGUAAAUUCAAAUUAACUGUUGAAUAUGGUUUAUAAGUUUGACAUUGAUGGCAAUCACAAAAAGAUUUUUGGUGCCUCUACGAGUAUUUAUUUAUUUAUUUUGAAAUGUUUUGGGAUUGUACAUGUUUUUCAGACGAGUAAUUCCGCUACCAUUAGUUGAAAUUUUGGGAAAAUGUUUCAU